CACGCUUCUUUCUAUUUAUAGAUUACUCGCAUUUACUAUCAACCUCUUAUUAACUUUUUUUUUAUAUGUAUAAAUUACAGGCUUCUAACUUUUAUAAUUUUUAUUUUUGAUACACUGCAUUUCAGUGUAUCAAAAAAAUCAUGGCGGCGUUAGAGUCUCCGGAGAAUCAUAUAAAGGCAACUGCAACAUCAACGGCAACAACAUCAUCAUCAUCGACGACGUCGGAUCUUAACUUCUCCGUUCGACGGAGGUCUACUACUGUCACGGAUUCGCCUUCGACGGAGAUGAUGGAAUCGGAGGAUUUGAAAAGUAAUGGUAAAGAAUGCGAUAAGGUUACGAAUGAGAAUCGAUCGGAUAUUAAAUUCAAUUAUCGGCCUUCAAUGCCCGCUCAUCGUGGUGUUAGAGAGAGUCCUCUUAGUUCUGAUGCUAUUUUUAAACAAAGUCAUGCAGGUCUCUUCAAUCUCUGUAUAGUUGUGCUUGUGGCUAUAAACAGCAGACUCAUCAUUGAAAAUAUAAUCAAGUACGGUUGGUUAAUUAACGGUGGAUUUUGGUUUAGUUCAAAAUCAUUAAGAGACUGGCCGCUGUUUAUGUGCUGUCUUAGCCUUCCAGCAUUCCCUUUCGCGGCCUAUCUUGUUGAAAAGUUGGCAUAUCAAAAUUAUUUACCUAAACUUGUUGUUGUUUUCCUUCAUACAAUCAUCACCACAGGAUCACUUUUAUAUCCAGUUUCAGUAAUUCUCAGGUGUGAUUCUGCUUUUCUAUCUGGUGUCACUUUGAUGCUCAUUUCUUGCAUUGUGUGGUUAAAAUUGGUAUCUUAUGCUCAUACAAACUCUGAUAUGAGAGCAAUUGCCAAGUCAAUAGAUAGGGAAGAUGUCCAAUCCAUUUCUCCUUGUGUGGGUAAUCCUUAUGAUACUUACUUUAAGAGUUUGGUCUACUUCAUGGUGGCUCCCACAUUAUGUUACCAGUCAAGCUAUCCUCGCACUGAAUCUGUUCGAAAGGGAUGGGUGGUUCAACAAUUUGUCAAGUUAAUAAUAUUUACUGGAUUCAUGGGAUUUAUCAUAGAACAAUAUAUCAAUCCUAUUGUUAAGAAUUCACAGCACCCUUUUAAAGGAAAUCUCUUGUAUGCCAUUGAGAGGGUCUUGAAGCUCUCAGUUCCUAAUUUAUAUGUAUGGCUUUGCAUGUUCUACUGCUUUUUCCACCUGUGGUUAAAUAUACUUGCUGAGCUCCUUCGCUUUGGUGAUCGGGAGUUCUACAAGGAUUGGUGGAAUGCAAGAACCGUUGAAGAAUAUUGGAGAAUGUGGAAUAUGCCAGUUCAUAAGUGGAUGGUUCGCCAUAUCUAUUUUCCUUGCCUACGGAAUAAAAUACCGAAGGGGGUAGCUAUACUUAUUGCCUUCUUAGUUUCAGCUGUAUUUCACGAGUUGUGCAUUGCUGUUCCCUGCCGCGUGUUCAAGCUCUGGGCAUUUAUUGGAAUUAUGUUACAGGUUCCCUUAGUGGUGAUCACAAAAUUUCUCCAAAAUAAGUUCAGAAGCUCCAUGGUGGGAAACAUGAUCUUCUGGUUGUUUUUCAGCAUUCUUGGUCAGCCAAUGUGUGUGCUUCUGUAUUACCAUGACUUGAUGAAUCGGAAGGGGAAAACUGAAUCAGGUUGACUCAAGCGUGGUAGAGCUUGCCAAGAUCAACAAAAAGCGUGGUUAUGGAAGUGCUGUUUCCCAUGUGUUCUGCAGGAGAAAUGGUGUUGAGCCGUGUGAUAUCGAGAUGUCUUUUUUCUUUUUUUUUGAAUGUCUUUGAUGUACACGCAAUUUUGGUAGUACAGGCACUGGAACUUAAAAUGCCCAAGUAACACUGGAUUUUUUUUUUUUUUUUUUUUUUUAUGUUGGUUGGUUGAUCAUAUCUGGAAAAAUGUUAAUGGUUCUUGUUCCAUGGUUUGGCUUUUCAAAUUCAUAUCCUGUUGUGACUGUGUUCAAGGUCCUCCACAGCUGAUGACAGUUUUUUGUUUGGUGGUAGUAACUACAUCGUUGACUA